AUGGCACUUGUGCUCGGAUAUUUGGGUACUGGGUACCAAGGUAUACAAUACAACCCGCCUGCCCAUACUAUCGACAACGAGCUAUUUAAAGCGUUAGUGGCUACUAAUUGUAUAUCACAAUCCAACUCUGACGACUUUUCAAAGAGCUCAUUCUCCCGAGCCACGCGGACCGAUAAGGGUGUACAUGCGCUCACCAACUUGGUUGCGUUAAAGAUGCAAAGGUAUGAGGUGCCGCAGCAAGUUAAGGCAGAAUUGAACGAGAUUCUACCCGAUGAUAUACGCAUAUGGGAUGUCGUGCCAGUAAAGAAAAAAUUCAAUGCUAGGGUCAUGGCGGGAACAAGACACUACCGGUAUGUGAUCCCAACAUUUUUGCUCCAAUGCGGUCCCCAUAGCGAUCUCUCGACCUCUCAGCUUGCCAGGUUCAAAAACAUCUGGAAUAUGUUUCUUGGUACGCACAACUACUACAACUUCACACCAAGAAGAAAAGACACAAACGCCGACUCCCCACAGAACAUGAGACAUAUGUACUCGAUCCAGGUCUCUGACCCAUUCACCAUAGCCGGUUCCACUCAGUGGCUGUCCAUUGCCAUACACGGCCAGUCGUUCCUGUUACACCAGAUCAGAAAGAUGGUGCACUAUGCGCUAUCAGAGUACCAUAGGAGCUCGAGCGAUACCAAAAGCAUGGAACUCUUAGAAACUGUAGAUCCCGAUCUUACAUCAGCGACUGCCUUAGACACACCCACGGAGCAAUACAUACCGCUAGCGCCAGCCGCAGGGUUGUACUUGCACCACCCAACGUUCGAAGGCUACAAUAACCAGCCAGCUGCUCGACGGCUACAGGUUCUAGACCUCAGCGGAUACCCCGCAUGCGCGACUUUCGAAGAUCGCAUACACACAGAGAUAGCCCGCAGCGAACAUGUCUUCCACGAAUACAUGGCUGUGAUACGCCAAUAG